CUGAACAUCAUCCGUGCAAUCUGGACCAGCUGCCCUGCGAACAAAAAACAACAGUACACCCCUUCCACGGCAUCAGUGCUCAGAGAGGAACCCCCAGGCAGCAGCCGCUGCCAGUGGUCGUCCUCGUGCAGCCUCCCCAUCUCAUCCCCUCAGACCACUGAAGAUUCUCAUCAUUGGUAAUUCCAUCAUCAGACAUGUGAAGGUGAUUUCUGUGAUCUGGAUGGAGCAGUGAGACAGAGGAGGCAGGAGAUAGAAGAGAGCAGCAGCUCUGACUCCCAGAAACCGGACUAUGACAAAAUAGCAGAUCACCAUUCCAGUGAUGUCCAUCACUCACAUCAAGAAGACCAAAACUGCUAUCCUGGUGCCAAACGCUCUGGUGAUCGCCACAGCAAAUGACAGGUACAUGUACGUGUCUUUCCUGUCCAGAGACAACACCUACAAGGUCCUGAUGUCUGUCUGUCCUCAUCUGGAGAUCACCAUUCCAGUGAUGUCCAUCACUCACAUCAAGAAGACCAAAACUGCUAUCCUGGUGCCAAACGCUCUGGUGAUCGCCACAGCAAAUGACAGGUACAUGUACAUGUCUUUCCUGUCCAGAGACAACACCUACAAGGUCCUGAUGUCUGUCUGUCCUCAUCUGGAGUGGAAGAGCCCUUGUAGCAGCCCAAUACCAUCCUCUGCUGAGAGCAGCUUCAGAGGUCAAAGGUCACCUCUGUCACCCCGCUUUCCUACACUGUAAAAACUGAGACUGAGGUUAAUUGAUAUUUACUAAACAAAUUUGAAUAAAUUGUACAUAAUAAAAACAAAUAUGUGCAUUUUGGACAAAUAAUACACCAGAAAAACUGAAUAUCUGAAUAUAUUUAGUAAAAUUCAACAUAGUUUGUGUGUGUGUGUUUUUCUAAGUCAAUCCAAUGUAAUAUAUUUGUGUAGAAUUUAAUUAUUUUCAGUUGGAACAUCACAAAUGCAAAAAAAAUGAUUAGCCUAUUCUUUACUCAUUUUUAUCACUUCUACCAGUGAACUCCCCCCACUCCCAACCGUUUGUUCCUGCUGUGUCAUCAACUGCCACACAGUUUAGGAGCUGGCAUUUGUAAGGUUAGACUUGAUUUUUGCAAUUUAUUAAGAAAUUAUUCUUUAAGAACUUCCAUAACUCCAGCUAGUUAAUGACCACUGUUUUUGGCUCCAGCAAGUUAUUUAAAGUGCAAAGUUUAAUGCGCAGUAAGUCACAGUUAGACUGCUUUUGUUCGGUGUCAUAUUACCUUGACUUUGACUUAAGUUGAGCAAGAUAAUGGCUGCAAAAAUCGUUUCUUAGUGACAGUUUUAGACGUUUCAAGAAUAAUACUAUGCUGCAUGUAAUGUCUAUUGAAUAAUUCAAGUCAAACAGGCCUUUGACACUAUGUCUGGCCUUAGCCAGCAUUUUAACCCUCUUAGUAAAGAUCUGUUAGCAUUUCCCACCAUCUGCAAUUUAUUGAGUAAAACAAAGAGAGCUCUCUGUGGCGGGUCAUUUGAGUUUUAUUAAACCAAUUGCAUUGCUUUUUAAAAAAAAAAAACAUAUUUCAAAAUAAAUACAAUGCUUAACAAAUUUAUUAGACCACCUGUCAUAAAAAAGAGAAAAC